CAAGCCGGGGUCUCCAUUUGUGGCUCAGUCAAGACAGAAAGAAGUUCCUCAAAGCUACAGUCCACACACGUGAUAAUACCAACAAGGCGGGGUAUCCAUGUAAACUAUAUAUACUACACGUCCCUCGAGACUUAACACUCACCUACUCACACGCAUCGGUCGGUGCCCGCCAGCGCUUUAAAGGUAUAGAAAUGGCGAGCGACAUAGGUCUGAUCACCCUGGCGAUAGUGAGUAUAUUGGGCUUGUCCCAUGCUCUCAGUGUAGCUGCACCCUACGACAAACGUCAACAGUUACCUGACCACCUACAGUGGAUCGACAACGCAGGGUAUCCCGCGGAGGGUCGGGCCCCUGAUGGCCACCAACUGACCCGGAAGGAAGUGACGAAGACAAACAAGACGCGUCUGGACGUGAAUUAUCAGAAUGACCAGUCGCACGUUGAAGAAACUGAGUACCAAUAUGGCGGACAGAAACGCCCGAGCGCUUGUAAGAGCGCGAACAGCUUCCUGAAGACGAAGCUCAAGAACCUCCGCCAGCAGUACAAACAGAAGAUGAAGGCUAUCAAGAAGAUCAUUAUCAAACUGCUCGACGACAGCUUCGACGACCCUAACGAUCCCGUUGCCGAUUUCUGCACCGUCAAUGGCGAGGUGGUCGACGUUCCGACGUCCAACGCUCCGCUCAACGAUGAAAAUAUCCGGGCCGCGAACAGCGAGGAACCAUGCAAGGUCAGCCCGUGGUCGGAGUGGAAGACGUUGGCUUUCGGUACCCUCGAGAGACGACGGGAGGUGGAGAGUGACGGGUGUGGAUGUCCCCCUGAGGACGAGCUGGUCCAGGUGAUCGACGUGGGACUCUACCUUGGAAACAACACAUCGCCCAAGUUCCAAAACCCUGAUGUUGUUGGCAAUAAUUUCGACGAGGAUUUCCUCAACCACUUCGGGGGCAACAACGGCGAUGGCGGAAACAAUGGAGGAAACGGCGGAAACUCUGUGGGAUACGGGAACUCUAAUGGUGGCAAUAACGGUGGCAACAAUGGCGGCAACAAUGGCAGCAACAACGGCAGCAACAACGGCAGCAACAACGGCGGCAACAACGGCGGCAACAACGGCAGCUACGGCAAUGGUGGCGGAUUCGGAAACGGCGGCAACAGUGGCGGUAACGGUAUUGGUAGCAACAAUGGUGGAAACGGCAACGGCGGAUCCAACAACGUCGGCAACGGUGGAUCUGGAUCAAGUGUUCGGGAUAUCCUUCUUGUACUUGACUCUUCCGGUUCCAUUGAAACUGACGAUUUCGAGCUGAUGAAAGAUGGCGUGGUCAUGAUGAUUGAUUUAUUUUGCGGUGGUUUUGGGCCCCUUAAAACCAACAACCGCCUCGCCAUAGUCCAGUUUGCCAGCAACGUCACCGUCAUCCACCGAUUCAGCGACUCCCAGUAUCCCGCGGACUUGAAAGAAAAGGUACAGAAGCUCAGGCACUACAAGGGAAACACGUGCACCGGAAACGCGCUGCAGGCGGCCAUGAAGAAAGUUUUCAGUUUCCUUUACGGUAUGCGGGACUACACAGUGAAAGACACCUUGAUCGUGACCGACGGGCAGUCUAAUUGUGGCAUUGAUAUCCGCCGCGCGGCCUCUGAACUCCAACAAGCCAGCAACGUCUUUGCCCUUGGCGUUGGCAUAGCUGGCAAGGUCAAGGCCAGAGAUGAAGUCAAAUCUGUUGUUUCCAUGGAGGACCCUCAUCACAUUUUCUCUCUAGCGAAGUUCGCCGACUUCAAGGAAAUGGUAGAAAACCUCAAGAGACACAGGGCUACCAACAACCCAUGCACGCCCAUUCAAGACCCUUGAACGGGUUCGGAUUGAGGCCAGUGGGCGGUGAAGGUUGGGAGCGUCGGCUUGGUUUGGGCAGAUUUUAAAGAGGGAAUGUGUUGGGAAUAUGACAGAGACUGUUCCUCGAUGAAGAAGAUGGUUCUGUUUGGCUGCGACUCUAUAUUACAAUAAAUAACGUUACAUUUUGAACCUAGAACUGUUGAAAAACAUGCCAUCUGUCCUGAAGACCGUGUAACGGCUUGCCCGACUGUAUGUAAGAUGUGUUUACAUCAGUGCGCAUCCUGCCGCCAGUACCUGUUUCGUUUGUGAUUAAAAUUCAUUCACAAAGUCA